AUUUGCUCGGCGGGCUGCGUGUCACAAAAUGCAGCUCUCCCUGUCUGCGCGUCUCCUGCCAGGCAGAGCUAUUAAAGCUAUUUUGAAAGUGACCCUUGGGCUUAAGUACAUUCAGAAAGAGAGAGGGGAGAGAGCAGGCAGCAGCUGUUUGGAACCAUGACUGAAGAUGACGGAUUCGGUUGUGGUGGAGGGUCAAGUCAGAUUGAGAGAUGGAAAAAAGUGGAAGAAUAGGUGGGUGCUGCUUAGGAAGCCCUCUCCUGUGGCAGACUGCCUGCUGAUGCUGGUGUACAAGGAUAAGUCAGACAGAACGAAGGGGCACAAGGAGAAGAUCAGUGUCACAUUGGAGGACAUCUGUGGAGUAGACGCUGGGCUUUCCUAUGAGGGCGUGGGCCACACUGUUGCCAUUAUCUGUUUCUCACAAGUCGUCAUGCUGGGAUUUGAUAGUAAGGAAAUAAUGAAUGCCUGGGAUGUACGGAUACGUUACAGCUUAGGGGAAGUUCACAGAUUCCAUGUCGGAGUACAGCCUGGCACCAAAUUGGAAAGUGGACCUGCCACACUGCACCUGUGCAAUGACAUCUUAGUUCUCGCUAGAGAUCUUCCGCCAAUUGCGAUGGGGCAAUGGAAGUUGACUGACUUAAGACGAUAUGGAGCUGUUCCGAAUGGCUUUGUCUUUGAAGGAGGAACACGGUGUGGAUACUGGGCUGGUGUGUUUUUCCUCUCCAGUUCCGAAGGAGAUCAAAUCAGUUUCCUGUUUGACUGUAUUGUCCGAGGCAUCUCUCCGACAAAAGGACCGUUUGGACUUCGCCCAGUACUCCCAGAUCCAAAUUUAAACCCUGCUUACAUGGAGGACAGAGUGGCCCAUGAAACCCUACAGUUGGAGAAGCGCCUUAGCAUGCUGUCUCAUCACAGCCUAGGAGGUGAUGAUAGAAGUAUAUCCAGCUCUUCCUCAGACACCAGCCAUUCGGAUGCCAGUGCAGGAAGCAGACUGACCAUAUGGGCAGAGCCUUCUUCAGCUAGCACAUCCGCGGAGAGUCAUGGGAUGCCAGCAGCAAAGGGCAUCCACCUGGGAGAAGAUAAAUCCUAUUCUGAUGCCUUUCGUGCCUCCAAGCCACCUCCCAAGCCUGCUGCAUCUAGACAUUUACAAGAAAUUGGACGUCAAAGCUCUUCUGACAGUGGCAUAGCUACGGGCAGUCACUCUUCCUACUCAGGGAGCUUUUCCUCCUAUGCUGAGAGCCUGGACAUUUGCCAGGGUGAAGAGUUUGGGUCAUUGCUUAGCUUACCCUUAACCAUGGCUACAGAACAAAAUCUAUGCACGUGUCAGCAUGCUGAUCCACAGAGAGGGUCUGAAUAUCAGAUUCCUGCCUCUGUCAGACAUCUCUAUGACACACCCCGAAGUGUAUUACAGGCAGCUGCUCGAGAACCUCAACACAAGAGUUCAGAUUCCACUUUAUCCAAGGACCAGGCACAAGGAACUCAAAACAUUAGUGAUGCUAAGCUAUUGGUACCCCAUGGAGAGGCCAGAGCCUCAACGUUACUGUCAGAAAGCAAAGACUCAGGUGAUGAAUCCUGUGUGGAUUUUGUUCCAAAGUGGACAGCUACAAAAGCACAGCCACAGGGAACUGAACCAAAAGGGAGUGACUUGGCUGCUACAGGCACAAGUGACACUUGUGAAAUCUGUAGCCCCCAUCCUGGUGUUACAAGGGCACUUUUUGCAGCUUGCCCGGUAUGCGGAGGACUAAAGGGUGCUACAGCCCUGCAUCCGGGAGCUUUAACCAUAUCUCAUCUGCAAGCUUCUUCCUCUGCAUCAACAUCAACAGGAGCCUCUAAACCACACAAAAUCCCUCCUAUGUUAGUUCUUUCUGCAGGGGCAGCAGGUUAUCCAGCCGAGCCACUGGUUUCUGACCGACCUCGCAGUGAGACAGCAACAUAUGUAAAUAUCCCUAUCAGCCCUACAUCAAAGAAACAGCUCCAUUACAUGGCAUUAGAACUUCAAGAUCCUAGUACAGGAAUACGAGGAGGAGGUUCCACAAGGUAUGCCCAAAUAGACAUUGCUGCAACCGAGACAGCUCAUAAGGUGGGUUCCCAGCAUGCUCAAGCCAGAGAAGAACGUCUUCAGGAGUUAGAGCAGAAGAAAAAAGGAACUCAGCAAUGAUUUGACACGUGAAGAGUGAAUUGAAAGGUUAAGGCUGAGAAACCUCAAUCCUGUUAGUACCGGAAGAAAUGGUACUAGAAUUAGUUGCAAAACCUUUGGUGGCCCAUCAGCGAUGUUGGGUCAAAUGGGUCAAAUGAGUUUCAAACUGUCCUUUUUUUAAAGUGGUGCUGAAACCUAACCCCAAGGGUAUUUGGUUAUCUUAGCUCAACUUUUAUCAAAUACAGUAUUUUGUGUGGUCUGUUGACACAGGGGUCAUUCCAAAAGUGAUAUUCCUUCCUGGAAAUGAGAAAGUUUGGGUGGAAGUAAAUGCCCUUUGAACCUGAGACAAAAUUAGGAAACACAAUCAUUAAUAAAAACUUGUAUUUUCGUGUU